AUGGAUCUCAUCGAUGAUCGCGCAGUUCUUGAUGACGAAGAGGAGGACGAAUCCUUUGAUGAAGAAACUGGUGAAGUGAGAACAAAGUCAAAUGGCGCGAACGGCCGCUUUGACGAUUCCUCAGAAGAAGACGAGGAGGAUGAAGAUGAGGAGGCUGCGGCGGAGGUGGCCAAAGGCUUCAUUGUUGAUGAGGAUGAAGAAGAUGAAGAAACCCGCCGAGAACGAAGACGAGAACGGAAGAAGCGCCGCCGCGAAGAGCGUGAAGACGAAGACCUCGAUGAAGAAGAUUUGGAGCUCAUCGGGAUGAAACCCAACGAGGAGAAGAGCGAAUCAAAGUUCAAGAGACUCAAGCGGGGACCCCGCGAAGACCGUGAAGCGCAACAACAUUAUGGCGUGAAUGAUAUCUUUGGCCAUUCAGACGAGGAAGAGGAGGCAGCCGAUUACAGUCGGCGAAGUCGCCAGGACCGACGAGGGCUGCAGGACGAGUUUGACGACUUCAUCGAAGAGGACAUCUUCUCGGAUGAAGAGCAGCAACGGCAACGUGAAGACGAAGAAGUGGCCCGACACAAUCGCCGGGGUAUCGCGGAGCUGGGUAUCGCAGAUGCAGCUGGCCUUGACGAGCAGGCUCUGGAAGAUUUCCGCGCAGCCUUCGGUGAUGGAACAGACUACGACUUUGCUCUAGAAAAGGAAGAAGAGGCAGAAGACGAAGAGGCACAAAAAGACAAGAAUCUUCAUCUGAGAGACGUCUUCGAGCCUUCGCAGCUGGCUGAGAAACUUCUCACCGACGAGGAUAACGAAAUUCGAUUCACCGACAUACCCGAACGUCUCCAACUGGCCAGGAGACCGUACCGCGACCUUGAACUUACUGAAGACGAAGUCAAAGAGGAAGCAGUGUGGAUAGCCAAUCUGAUCCUACCUUCCAAAGGGCACGAUGAGCUUCACGAAGAGCCGUUCAGACGGGCUGUCGCAGAUAAUUUGGAUUUGAUGACUCGGCAGGAUUUCGAGCCCCCAUUUAUCUACAUGCACCGAAAGGAUUAUCUGCUGUAUCCUCAGACCAAGGUGGUCGGUGUGAACGAAGAUGGGACUCCAAAGGUCAUCGACGACACUGUCAAGCUCCUAAAUCAGAAAGACCUGUGGCGUAUAUUGGAACUCGAUCUCAAAUAUCGAGCCCUGAUCGAGAGGAAAAGAGCGCUUCAGAAGACAUACGAAGAUCUGAAAUCGACCAAUGUGUCUGAGGACCUGACCUUCGAACAACUCCUCCCCCGGGCUGCUUCGAUGGAAGAUCUUCAAGAUUUGCAGGAUUAUCUCUAUUUCGAGUACGCCUCACAGCUCAAAGAUUUGGCCCUGACCUCGAAUGGAGAGAGCAAUGGUGUGAAUAUGUCCCAGAAGAAAGCAUCGACGAGAAGUGUUUACGAGGAGAUUCGUGCCUCGAAGGCGUUCGGUCUCGUUCGUGCCUUUGGCAUAACUGCGGACGCAUUUGCACGAAACGCCACCAGAGAAGGUGUCCGAACGUACACAGAAGAUCCCUCUGACAGCCCUGAGAACCUUGCUGAUACGAUGGUCGACGAAGAAUUCCCUACUGGCGCCAGAGUGCUCAAGGCAGCGAAGGCGAUGUUUAUCGAACAACUGACCACGAGCCCACGGUUCCGACGUCUCAUCAGAGAGAGAAUCUUUCCUCAGGGCGUGAUUGACUGUCAUCGUACCGAAAAGGGCCUUCGCAAGAUCGAUGAACAACAUCCUUAUUACGAGUUCAAAUAUCUCCGGAAUCAGAAGUGCAUCUAUUUUAGUGAACGACCUGACCUGUUCCUCAAGAUGCUUAAAGCCGAGGAAGAAGGCUUGAUCGAGAUUCGAGUUCGACUACCAGGAUUGGAUUCUUUUAAGAAGGAUCUACACAAGCACAUUGAAACGGACAAUUACUCUACCGUGGCAGAUGCAUGGAAUCAGGAGCGUCGUGAAGCCGUAUCUAUUACCGUCGACAAGAUCAUGAAACUGAUGGCCCGAUCGGUCAAAGAAAACCUCAAGGAACAGUGCGAGGCAACCAUUGGGAAUGAAUGCCGCGACGAGUUCUAUGUGAAGCUUGAUCAGGCUCCCUGGAAACCCAGGGGCCUAGCCAAAGGUACUACUCCGCGGGUUUUGGCCAUGACUAACGGCGGCGGAGCAAUUGGUCGCGACCCCGUCUACUGGGCUUAUGUCAGUGACGAGGGUAGAGUUCUCGAACACGGUCAGUAUAGGGACCUUGGCCCUGGUAAUCGAGAACGUGGCAUCUCUGAUGGCAAAGAUGUGGAAGCGCUAUUGGAAGUCAUUCGAAGGAGGGAGCCCGAAGUUAUCGCAGUCUCGGGAUGGUGUCCUGAUACUCGCAAACUUCUAGCAAACUUGACCACCUUGGUCAGCAACCAUGACCUUCGUGGCGCGACAUACACGGAUGACGACGAUCAAGAUCGAAGCGACCUUUUGGACGUCAUUCUGGUUAACGACGAAGUGGCGCGGAUGUCAAAGUCGGGCGAUCGCAUGAAAGCCGACAACCCCGGUGUUCCUGAAAUGGCCCUCUACUGUGUUGGACUAGCAAGAUACAUGCAAUCACCCCUGAAGGAGUAUGCCGCUCUGGGCCGGGACAUUGUGUCCAUCAACUUCAACGCAGCCCAGAACUUGUUGCCGCAAGACAAACUUCUGAAGAAACUCGAAACUGCUCUUGUGGACACGGUGACCAUGACAGGCGUGAACAUCAAUGAGGCCGUGACUGAUCCUGGGCUGGCAAAUCUGCUUCCCUACGUGGCCGGUCUUGGACCUCGAAAGGCCUCGCACCUGGUCAAAGUUAUCAACCUCAACAAUGGCUUUGUCACGACUCGCGAGGAUUUGCUGGGCCUCAACGACAAACAUCAGGCCAUGGGGCCUAAAGUGUGGGCCAAUGCGGCAUCUUUUCUGUACAUCGACUUUGAGAUGUCGGACCCGGACUCUGAGUAUCUGGACAACACGCGCAUACAUCCCGAAGAUUAUGAUAUUGCUCGAAAGAUGGCGGCUGAUGCUCUUGAACUCGACGAAGAAGAUAUCGAGGCCGAGAGACAGGAGGGAGGGUCGGGAGCGAUCGUGCGCCGAUUGAUUCGAGAAGAGGCACAGGAACGAGUUCAUGACCUGGUUCUUGAAGAAUAUGCUGCACAGUUGGAACAGAACCUCAACUCCAAAAAGCGCAGCACACUAGAGAAUAUCACCGCUGAACUCAAUGAUCCCUACGAAGAACUGAGGAAUCCGUUCCGGGUCAACCUAGGGGAGUCCGAGGUCUUCACGAUGCUCACCGGCGAGACGAGGGAAUCGUUGCAGAGAGGCAUGAAUGUUCCCAUGACGCUGAAGAGAGUGACAGAUGACCACAUGGAGGGCAAACUCGAAUGCGGGUUGGACGCUGUGGUUGAGGACCGGCAAUGGGCAGAGCCUGCGUUGUCCCCGAAGCAGCUGUACAACAUUCACCAGACUAUUCAAGCUCACAUCACGUCAAUCAAUCGCAAAGACUUUAUAGUCACUGUGAGUUUGAGAGACGAGCAGUUGAAGAAACCAUUCAGGAGGUACAAUCACAACGAUCGGAGCUACGACGAGUGGGAUGAGCGCGAAGAGGUUGCAGAUAAGAAGCUGCUAGAGGAGAAGACGGACCUGGGCAACCGAGUCACCCGAGUGAUAAAGCAUCCUCUUUUCCGGCCAUUCAACGCGAAGCAAGCGGAAGAGUAUCUGGGCAGCCAGAAUCGUGGCGACGUUGUGAUUCGGCCGUCAUCCAAAGGGAACGAUCAUCUUGCGGUGACCUGGAAGGUUGCUGACGGUAUAUUCCAACACAUCGACGUCCUGGAACUUGACAAAGAGAACGAGUUCUCCCUGGGAAGGACUUUGAGGAUCGGUGGACGAUACAACUAUUCAGACUUGGAUGAGCUGAUUGUGCUGCAUGUCAAGGCCAUGGCUCGCAAAGUGGACGAGAUGUGCAACAACGAGAAAUUCCAGAACAAGUCCAAGGCUGCUUUAGAGGAAUGGCUGACCACCUAUACCAAUGCAAACCCCAAACGAUCCAUGUACCAAUUCUGCCUCAAUCGUGAGCGUCCAGGCCAGUUCCAUCUUGUCUUCAAGGCGGGCCAGAAUGCGAAGCUGAUGGACUGGAGCGUGAGGGUUAUUCCACAAGGGUUCGAGUUGAUGAAGCAACCAUAUCCCACAAUGAGGGAUCUGUGCAACGGCUUCAAGCUGAUUUUCCAGAACAUGCAUGAGGCGGCAGCGAUGGGCAGGCCCAUGCGAAGAUAG